ACUAUAGUACGGUGACUAUGGUCACUGCAUAUCUAUGGUUAAAGUUUUACAAAUUUUUAAAAAGAGUCUCUUAGAAAUUUGGGUUCGCGGUUUAGAGUGAGGAGGACGAAGAGGAACAGACGAAAAUAGGGCUGCGCUCGUAUCCUUUAGGGUUUAUUGAGAACAGAAGGUUUAUAGAGAGAAGAAGGAAGAAGGAAGAUGGAAGAGAUCAUCGGCUUCACAAAUCCUAAUGGAAGAGGCGCUAACUGAUUUUGAUUUUUAAUGGAAGAGGCCCUAACUGAUUUUUAGAGAGAAAAGGAAGAUGGGAUGCUGGGAUAGUUUGAAGAGGGUUUUUCUCUCUGAUUUAGGAUGUGGUUUGAGAGACAGCCCUAACUAUACUGAUCUGUGAAGAUGCCCUAACUGAUUUAUAGAGAGAUAAAAGGAAGAGGGUUUUUCAUUUUCUUUGGGAAACCGCAAGCAGAGCUGAAGGAUUAGGUUUGGGGAACUAAGGAUUGGGGAACUAAUCCUCUACGGCUUUGCAUAUUUCUGGAAGUAUACACACAACGUUGGCUUGUUCAAUCUAUCUGCAAGCACACAAGUUGUUUGACUGAAUCUGAUUAAUCCCUUACAAGAAAGACCAGUCUAAAGCAAGUGAACUGUAGUGAUGCCCACUCGAGAAAAUGGUGGCUCCAUUGUACAUGAGAUUGGCCAUUUAAAUGGGGACCAUGAAGGAGCAAACACCUUUCCAAAUGAGGUUACUGAGAUUGAGAAGUUGAACUUGGAGAAUCAAAAAAUUGAUAGUGACCUGCAAGUCCACUGUUUUACUGAAGUGUUGCACGAUGCUACUCUUCAUUUUCAGAUCAUACGACUUGCUAAGCAGAUUUACAUAUGGAUAGGAUGCAAAUCUUCAAAAUUUGGACAUCUAUAUGCUGCAGCACCCACACGGCCAAGCAAUUUGUCAAGUGUAACAUCUUUGAUCGGAGGGAGUUCUGAUAGCUCUGGGCCCUCUAUCGCACGACGGCUAGUACUGAAGACAGGUCUUAAUGUGAUUCUGGCUUGCAACAUCCCUAAAAACUCCCCGAUGAUUGAGGCUGAUGCUGAGGGAAAACUACUAGAGAAGCUCAAGAGUUUGGGAUAUGUUAGGCCAAAACCAGGAGAUGCAACCCACUCCUCCGCAUGACUUCAAUCGAAGAACAAUGAGCGUUUCAAUGUUGCUAGGUUUGCAAUUUUGUGAUGUAGGCCAUAUCUCUCCCCGUCUCAUGAAAAGAAUUUGUUUAUAUGUGGUUUCCCCAUAUCCAAACAUGUUUUUUUUUUAUUAAUUUAGUGUCCAUUUUCUCAAUAAAUUGUACAUUAAAAUGAGCCUGUAGGUCACUAGUUUGUGGCUGUACUUGCAGCAUCUGGUUCCCAAUUUCCCACUCAAAUGGGUUACCAAGGGGCUAUGAUUUCUCAUUUGGAAAAUGUAUUUCUAUUGUUAUGUAUGUAUGAAGGUAGGCCUUAGGGAUUAUGGAAGACAAGCACCAGAGGCUUGGUGUUUUAGCGAAGAUUGUUACUUAAUUCUUUUUACUUGUGUUGGAAAUUUUAUUUGUAGUUAAAUAAAACCAUUUUGAAGCAAUA